GAGUAAAGUAAAACCAGAGGGCCGGGGCUAGCUUUGACCGCGUCGAGUAAAGAGCUUUAAGAAUGUUAAGCAGUAGUAAACAAACAAAAUAAAUAAUAUAAAUGAACACAAAAUGCACAACUAAAACGAGACAGGAAACAAUAAAGAAGAUCUGAGCUAAAUCUGCAAUCAUGCACGGAUCCUGGAAAAUUGUCCUUCCCAUUGGAUUCGUGUUGUACUCCCUGCCGCUGUUUCUACGUGUCAACAGCACCUCGGACUACAUCAUUGAUGAGGAGUUUCACAUACCACAGGGCUUGGCUUUUUGUCGCAAGCAAUUCGAUGUGUGGGAUUCGAAAAUAACCACUUUUCCCGGGCUUUAUCUAAUUGCACUGGUAUUAAGUCCGUUGAACUACUGUACGGUAACUGGAUUGCGUCUUCUCAGUCUUACUGGUGCCGGUAUCAAUAUACUUUUGCUAUAUAAAAUACGACGUCGCUCUCUAGCCGGCAUCGGUGGCAAUUCGUAUGCAGCUCAUGAGGCCAUAACAUUGGCGGUCCUUCCGCCAUUAUAUUUCUUCAAUCAUCUCUACUACACGGACACACUGUCCCUGACCAUGGUACUGCUGUUCUACAACUAUUGGCAACAGGAGGCUCAUUUGCCGGCUGCUGUGUGGGGCGCGGCCAGUGUAUUAAUGCGCCAAACGAAUAUCGUCUGGGUAUGCAUGGGCUGUGGGAUCACAGUGCUGGAAACAUUUGUUCAGGAGGCUGCCAAAACACGUCGUAGACAUCGAUUUAGAUUGCUAGGAUCAGAGCUUUGGAUGCAAAUUCUGGCCAGCCCGCAAUUGUUGUGCAAUUGCAUUCUACGGAUUUUGGGGAAAUGCUGCUUUUACGCCUCCAUCAUAUUGCCAUUUGUCGGAUUUAUUUUCAUCAAUGGUUCCAUUGUGGUUGGCGAUAAGAGUGCCCAUGAGGCCACCAUUAAUUUGCCGCAGAUUUUCUAUUUUGCCAUCUUUGCUGCCGGCUUUGGGAUCACUAAUACAGUUCGACAAUUGGUAACGGCCCUUAGGCUGCUGCGUCAACAUCUGCUACUCUCUGGCCUGGCAUUGGUGGCCAUUGUAUUGGUGAUACAUUUGAAUACAGUGGUCCAUCCAUAUCUGCUAGCCGAUAAUCGUCAUUAUACUUUCUAUGUUUGGAGUCGUUUGUAUGGACGAAUAUGGUGGUUCCGUUAUGCCAUGGCAUUGCCCUAUCUCAUUGCCUUGACCAUGUUGGGCUCCGGAUUAAGGCAUAUGCCGGAUAGUUUUUUGCUUAUGUUUCCCCUAAGCUUGGUACUUGUUCUGUGCUUCCAGCGAUUAUUAGAGGUGCGAUAUUUCCUUGUGCCAUACAUAAUCUUUAGACUGAAUACACGACCCACACGCAAGGGACAUGCAGAGUGGCUGGAAUUGGGUGUGCAUCUAAUGCUGAAUGUGGCCACCUUUUAUAUAUAUUUCACCAAAGAAUUCUAUUGGGAAAACUAUCGUACACCGCAGAGAAUCAUUUGGUAAAUCAUCUGAAUCAUGAUUGUCAAUUAUUAAAUUGCUUUUCUUUAUUCGUUGCAUUGCUACUUGAGAGAAAUUGCUCUACA